UAUUUCCCCAGGCGGACGCGCGCGUAUAUCAUCUCCCGUCUCCGAGAACUAGCUACUCAAGCUGUCAUGCACUGGCAUUGUGUGCCGUUUCUCCUCGCUCGUCACUAGCUGCAAUGGCCACCGUCACCACUUCUUCGCCGGCCACUCUGCAGUCAUGCAAGCACGCUAGCCACGGCGUGGUGCGGUACUGCCCUCCUCUCCCGUGGAGGAGGAGGAGCUACAGCCAGGUGUCGACAAGAGCCACGGCGAGCUCACAUGGUCAGCCCUCGGCGAUGACAGGCGGCCGGGUAGAGGCGCCCGUUGGCAUCGCCGCGGAGGCGGGGGAGGAGGGCGACAGUAUCCGGAGGCUGCAGAACGGGCCGGACGUGCGGGCAGUGGACCUCACGCCUCUGGCGGUCGAGGUUGUCGCGGAGAGCUUCGGGGAGUGGCUGCGUGAGGAGCUCCAGCGGCCGGAGGGCGAGGAGCUGCGGGUGUCUGUCGGGUGCGACCCACGGCUGUCGGGCGCAAGGCUCAGCGCCGCGCUCUUCGCGGGGCUCGCGAGGGCGGGGUGCUCCGUGUUCGACAUGGGCCUCGCCACCACGCCAGCGUGCUUCAUGAGCACCAUACUGCCUGGGUUCAACUAUGACGCGUCUAUUAUGAAGAAGAUGGCGGAGCUGAAACCUUCGAGUUUGGUGGUGACGAACCGUAACGCCGCAAUAAAUCUUGAAGAUCAAAUGGAGAUGACGGCGUCACACCUGCCCUACACCCGCAACGGCCUCAAGUUCUUCACCAAGCGCGGCGGGUUGACCUCCGUGGACGUCGAGAAGAUCUGUAAUCGCGCGGCGCAAAAGUACGUGGCCCGGAAGAUGGGCCUCGGCAGCAGGGGCACGCCGCCGGUGGUAAUGCGCGUCGACCUCAUGAGCGCCUACUCCCAGCACCUCCGUGACAUCAUCAAGCAGCGCGUCGCGCACCCGACGCACUACGACACCCCGCUGAAGGGCUUCAAGGUCAUCGUGAACGCCGGCAACGGCUGCGGUGGCUUCUUCACGUGGGAUGUCUUGGAGAAGCUCGGCGCCGACACAACGGGUAGCCUGCACCUGGAGCCCGACGGCAUGUUCCCCAACCACAUGCCCAACCCGGAGGAUGCCACUGCCAUGUCGCUCACCCGCGACGCCGUGAUGGCCCACGGUGCGGACCUGGGGGUCGUCUUCGAUACCGACGUGGACCGCAGCGGCGUGGUCGACGACACUGGCGCGGCUAUUAACGGCGAUAGGCUCAUCGCGCUCAUGUCGGCCAUCGUGCUGGACGAGCACCCGGGCACAAUGGUUGUCACCGACGCGCGCGCCAGCGAUGGGCUCACGCGGUUCAUCGCCUCCAGGGGAGGCCACCACUGCCUAUACCGCGUGGGCUACCGCAACGUCAUCGACAAGGGCGUCCAGCUCAACAAUGACGGCGUAGAGACGCACCUGAUGAUGGAGACCACCGGCCACGGCGCGCUCAAGGAGAACUACUUCCUCGAUGAUGGUGCGUACAUGGUGGUGAAAAUUGUCAUCGAGAUGGUCCGGAUGAAACUGGAAGGAUUGGAGGGAGGCAUAGGGAGCCUCAUCAUGGAUCUCGAGGAGCCUGCCGAGUCAGUUUUGUUGAGGAUGAACAUACUAGGUGAACCCAAGCAUGCAAGGCAAAGGGGUACAAUGGCCGUUGAGGCUUUCAAGAAUUACAUCCAGGAGGACAAACUUUCCGGUUGGGUGCUCGAUGAUUGCGGGGAUUGCUCAGUUGGCGAGGGAUGCCUCGUGGACACAAAUGAUCAUCCUAUCGAUGUUGAUGCAUACAUGUACAGAGCAAAAUUUUACAACGAGAAUAUGAGACCAUUGGGCAUGGUCCACGUUCGUCAAAGUGUUCAUAAUCCCAAUAUAGCAUUGAAUAUGCAAUCCUAUCUUCCUGGUGGUUGCAAAUCCAUGGCAAGGGAUCUUCACGAAAGGUUUUUGUUGGCAAGUGGAGUAAAUGAGUUCCUUGACACUAGAGAAGUAGAGAAAUUUGUGAAGUAGAGCUUUGUAAUCAAUAGAUUUGUAUAAUGUACAUAUAGAUCCUAGGUGGAAGAAAAAAGUCACCAUAUAUAGUUGGGAAAAUCUAGCACUCCAGCUAUUACAUUAUUCGUGUAUCCUUGUAUAUAGAAUUGUACAGAGGAGGGGAGGGGGGAUGAGGUUGGCUGGGAAGGAGGCAUCACUACUACGAAAAGGGUUUGUAGGGACGGGUGAAAAUCCAUUUUAGGGGUGGGUACCACACCUGCUCCUGCUUUCCAUAGCUAAAAAUAGUCGUUUGCAGACCGGCC